AUGCGCGUUCCAAGAUUUUUACGACAACUCAAACGUUCCUCGCAUCGAAAGCCCGUGUUCGGUGAAGUGAUCGUGAAGCUACUGUUCCUCGUUUGCUGCUGUAUAAUCACGGUACUGCUGAUAAUUCACAAGUACGAGAAUUUGGAUAACUUCAAGCGAACACUUUACUACCGAUAUGCCAACGAUGGUGAUGGGUUCUAUGCGAUGCCUCGCAAUCUUGACGGCGAAAAGAUGGACUGGCAUAAUUACGACCUGAUGGAGGAAGAGGUUAAACGGGUAGGUCCCGGUGAACAAGGUCGACCGUAUAAGCUUACCAGCAAAAAGGACAUCGCACUUAACGAUAAGCUCUUCAAGGAGAAUGGAUAUUCGGCGGUAGUUAGCGAUAUGAUCGCGUUAAAUCGCUCAGUACCAGACAUACGCCAUCCGAAUUGCCGCACCAAGGAAUAUCUGAAGGAACUCCCAACGGUCAGUGUGAUCGUCAUCUUCUACAAUGAACACUGGAGUGCCCUCCUUCGCACAGUGUACAGCGUUCUGAACCGGUCUCCUCCUUCGCUACUGAAGGAAGUCAUACUGGUGAACGAUCACAGUACGAAACCCUUUCUUUGGGCACCGCUGCGAGAGUUUGUGGAAACGGAACUGGCACCGAAAGUGCGAUUGGUGGAUCUUCCUGAGCGAUCCGGUUUGAUCGUUGCUCGUAUGGCCGGUGCCCGCGAGGCACGGGGUGAUGUACUGAUCGUACUGGAUUCACAUACGGAAGUUAACACCAACUGGCUACCUCCACUGUUGGAACCCAUCGCGGAAGACCACCGAACGUGUGUCUGUCCGUUCAUCGAUGUGAUCGCACACGACACGUUUCAGUAUCGGUCGCAAGACGAAGGCAAACGUGGUGCCUUCGAUUGGAAGUUUUACUACAAACGAUUGCCUCUGCUGCCCGGCGAUCUAGACGAUCCGACGAAACCCUUCAACAGUCCGGUAAUGGCGGGUGGACUGUUCGCCAUCAGUGCCAAAUUUUUCUGGGAACUCGGCGGCUACGAUGAGGGUCUGGACAUUUGGGGCGGUGAACAGUACGAGCUAAGCUUCAAAAUCUGGCAAUGCGGAGGCCGUCUUGUUGAUGCGCCCUGUUCCCGCGUCGGGCAUGUCUAUCGCGGAUACGCACCGUUUGGUAAUCCGCGUGGCGUAAACUUUGUGGUGCGAAACUUCAAGCGCGUGGCCGAGGUGUGGAUGGAUGAGUACAGUCAGUUUCUGUACGAACGUAACCCUCAGUUUGCCAAGACGGACCCGGGCGAUUUAGGCAACCAACGAGAGCUACGGGAAAGGUUGCAGUGUAAACCGUUCAAAUGGUUCCUGGAAGUGGUAGCACCGGAUUUACUUGUGCGCUACCCUCCGCGCGAUCCGCAACCAUUCGCAUCCGGUCGGGUGCAGAGUGUGGCCAAUCAGAAACUUUGUCUCGACUCGCUGAACCAUCAGGCAAAACAACCGAUCGGACUGUACACGUGCGCUUCGAACAAAACUCACCCCCAGAAUAAUCAGUUCUUCACGCUGUCGUACCAUCGGGACAUUCGUGUGCGAAGCAACGAUAAGUGUCUGGAUGCGGCCAAACUGAAUGAUGAGAUAGUACUGUUUAGCUGCCACGAGUCUCAGGGCAAUCAGAUGUGGCGGUAUGAUUACGAAUCGAAAAUGAUCAUCCACGGUAAAGACCAUCUAGGGCAAUGCCUUGAAGCGGAUCUCGCCACCAACCAGUUGUUCAUCAGAAGCUGUGAUAAGGAAAAUCCAUCCCAAAAGUGGAACUGGGGCUUCAUCAACUUUGUACAUCUGCAGAACUGGGAUGUUUAUGGAGCAAAGUUUCUAUAG